ACGAUCCAAAUACUUCCACUUCAUGCGUGCUGUAGCAGCUGGACUGUGAUAAAAAGUUCACCGAAUAUUCCAGCACUCCAUCAAACCAAUGGGGAAAAAAACCUCGAAGUCAGCUAAUGCAAGCAAAAAUUUAAAUUGGAGCGAACUUUGCGCGUGCAACAUCCAGCAUCCAAAUUUUCGACUUAGAGCUGGUCGGCUUUACCGCAUGAACAUUCAUGAAAAUGGUAUCACAACUCCUUUUUAUGGUGUUAAAGUGGAACACCCUCUUUUACCGUUUACCUACCAGUGAAGUUGACAUAAAAAAUACACUAUGUGGACGAAAUAUUCAAUUAAACGCCAAGUGCAAGCUAAAUGAUGGCAAUAUCUCUGCUCUCCAGGCGCCUAUUCGUUUGGUACUGGCGACAUUUUUUCCCGCAAAAAUCCAGCUUGAUAAACUACCACAGGAAAAACAUCGGGCCUGUUAUGUAUAAAAUCAAUGUGGCCGCUUUUUAUAAGGGCGUAGGCCCCUCGUGCAAUGUCAGCACUUAUGAUAGUUUGGUGAAGCAAAAGAGCAGCGGAAGUGAUCGGAAAAAGUGUGGGAAAAAUGAAGAACAUCCAGGCCGUCACAAGUUUCACAAGGAAGUGGAAGCCGCAUUAAACGAGCAAAUUGAAAUUGAAUUUAAAGCGUCAUUCGCUUAUUUGUCCAUGGCGUGUUACUAUGGGAAGAGCCAGGUUGCUCUGCCCGGAUGUCAAGGGUUCUUCAUGAAGAUGCAUGAGGAAGAACAUGAGCAUGGAAUAGUUUUUCUCAACUACGUGUUAAUGCGCGGCGGUCAAGUUCAAGUGCCCUGCAUCAAACCGCCAGACAUCCAGGAUUGGAAGGAUAUUUCCAAGACGUUCCUCACUGCUGUGCGGUUGGAGUCGCAAGUAAAAGAGAAAUUGGAAAAAUUGGUGGUGCUGGCGGAAAAACAUCGCGAUCAUCAGCUGGUGGACUUUGUCUCGGGAAGAUUUCUGGAAGAACACAAUAAAUCGAUUCAGACAUUAGGCAGAUUGCUGACCAGAUCAAAAAUGACUAACUGUGAUAUUGGCAAGCAUCUCUUCGACCUGCAUGUUUACGAGUCAUUUGUGAACAACCACAAAGAUAAUUUCAUGUACAAAUCCGAGUUGUCCGAGGAGGAACUCAAGCGAAUUUACAAAUAAACGUGUGCGAAUAA